CCAGCCAAUCGUGUUCCAAGUUAUAUAAUUAGUCCGGAAAAUAAACAUAAAAGACAAACUGUCACAGAGACGGUUUUAGCCUUCUUGCGUUUCUUGGUCUUGGACCUAGACGAUGAGUUGAAUUACAAGUCAUACGUGAGAUGCAAGCAUAGAAGCAGAAUGGGAAUUUAGACGUUUCAAUUCGUCUGCUUUCGGGACGCACACAAUCCGAUCUUCCUCUGAAACUCCAAUGUACUCUGCUGCGCAACGACUGACUUCGACAAGCACCGAGUGCCUCGCGCCUUUCGGUUCUUUUCAGACGAAUGGUCCCGACCCAUCGGUUACCUUUGGUUGUUAUUUCUGCAACAGUUGUUACGGUUUCAGACUCCCCCAAAGCUCUGUUUCAACCCAAGGCUAUAAACACAAUUAAAAUGUUGUUUUAAAUGGACAGCCAGUCAAAAAAGCCAUAGACAUGACAGUUUACACCAGCUCCACGCAACACUACUGUGAUACCUCAUGUGGACUUAAGAAGUUCUGUUUUAACCAUGGCUUCACGGGAGGAAUAUCUGGUCAUAUUGAUUUAGUUCACAGUGGCUACCCCUCAGGUAUGAGACUUGUUUACCAAUGGAAUGCCACCAGCAGCAAUGGGACUGGUCAAACAAUUGGAACAGUCAGCUUAAUUACUCCAAAGACCAGACUGAGAGUCCGCAUAUCUGGAAGUCAUCAUUAACAGACUCAUUGUACCUUCAAAAUUUGCGUGGCAAUGGAGCCCAUCUAUCCGGGCUUCAGCAGAUAUCCUACGGUAGAAGAGAGGUGUGCUCGCUCCCGUGGAGUUCUCCAAAUUCGUGCACCACGCCGGGCCAGAGCCGCGCCUACAGUGGCUACGCUCAGCCGUUUUUCAGCAAUUCAGCCGCUGUGGGCGCUAGCCUCAACAACCACAACAAGAGCUCGCUGGAGGAAUCCGGGAGGUAUUACUUCCAAGAUGUCAGCCACAAAUCAGGGGAGCCAGGUCGAUCUAGUGCAGCGUUAGCAAGUGAGUCUGCCAGCAAGUAUGGUAUUUCUGACUUGGAAAGGCGUCAACAAAACAGAGUUGUACAUAAUACGCUGAACUCCACUGAUCAGCCUGAUGGAACCAAACAGUCUGUCAGCUCCGACGCUCCAGUUCAGCCAUCACAGAGUAUUACCUUCUCCGACGGAUUACCAUGGUGUCCUACACAGGUGAGAUCCAGAAAAAAGAGAAAACCUUACACGAAGCCACAGCUAGCCGAACUGGAAAACGAAUUUAUGAUAAAUGAAUUUAUAAACCGACAGAAACGAAAGGAACUUUCGGACAGAUUGGAACUGAGCGACCAGCAAGUGAAAAUUUGGUUUCAGAAUCGGAGGAUGAAGAAAAAAAGACUUUUGAUGCGCGAGCAUUCCUUUACUAUGUACUAGGAACAAUGAGAACAAUUAUAGGAUUUGUUUGUUUAAUGACAUUUUCGUAUUCAAACAAGAGACUUUAUUUCUGAAUGAGAUCCAAAUCCACCAGUGGCCAAUAUGAAAAGUCGGAUUAACCACCAUAUGAAGCCUAAUCUACAAUAAUACCAAGAUAAUUAUUUUAAGGUUAAUAUUUAUUUAUCACAGAGUUAAUGAACUUGUAUGUGUCUGCUGGAUGUUUUAUUGUGAAUUAAAAUUAUUCUAAAGUAAUGUCAGCUUGCUUUAACAGACCCUAACAUAUAAAAAGAAUGCUUUGUAGUUAAGCAAAAUAUCACAUUUAUUGUAUAAAAUACUGAAUAUAAAGAAUUGAAUAUACGGAAUAUAAGAAUAUUGAAUAUAAACAUGCGUUUUGCCAGCAUUUGAAACUGCAAAGAAGUAAUCGGCAGCUAACGUUACUGGGUAAACUACCUUUUCAAAAAUGUCCCAACCUUUCAAGUAAUCAAACCUAAUUUGUAUAGCGAGAAAUUCAAAUGUACUUCUGGCAUUUUAUACUUAAGUAUUAUGUGUAAUAUUUAUUAAGUGUGCUGUGAAUUCUGAAUACCAUUAAACUUUUUGGCAUUCUUGUACGA